AUGGCCACCGAAUACAAUAAACCCGCGAGUUUCAAGGCACUCGACUCUAUUACCGGCAUCUACACCAGCGCCCUGAAGCUCGUCUAUCCCGCUGCUAGAGAUAUCGCCCAAGAGCUCGAGGGAUAUGCCUCAGAAUUUAUGACGAAUGCAAAGGCCCGGAUCGACGGGCUAGUUUUGAAGGUCCAGCACCUGAACUGGGAGCAGCAGAAGCUUGAAGAUGAGGCCGAAGAGGCGCGCAAAGGAACCGCAGAAGCCGUCGAGACUAUCCACAAGUUUUUGAGGGGCAAUGGGCUGGAGGACCUUCUGAACUAUCGGGCGGAGGAUGAUGCUAGGCUUGUGGAUUCUUCUGCGCCGGCCGAGUAG